UAUUCUCUUUGGUGAUAAUAUUAGUGUAGUUUUAGUGUAACAGUCUGUGGUCGGUCAACUUCUCUAGAUUUUGAUUCCAUCUGCGAAGUUCUAUUGAUUGCAGGCAGGAUAAAAUAACGAAAAUUGCUUAAAAUGGCUUCGAAAACACUCGCUGCUCCUUUUAUUCGUCAUGUAACGACAAGGGGUUACGCUCAGGCGGCGCCUGCAGUUAAGAGAGACCUGAGAGUACAGUCGGCCGUGCUGCCAAACAAAACGUUUGUUGCAGCCUUGGAUAAUGGCUCACCAGUAACUCGUGUGACCAUCGCAUUCAAGGCUGGAUCCCGUUUCGAGCCACAGGGAGAUUUGGGAUUGGCACAUGUGCUGCGCUCUGCGGCAGGCCUCACCACGAAGAAUGCCAGCAGUUUCAUCAUUUCACGUAAACUCUCACAAAUUGGUGCAUCUGUUAGUGCUUCUGGUGACCGGGAGUUUGUUUACUACACCCUUGAGACUACCCAAGACAACCUGCAAGCUGCAUUAGAUCUUUUAAACAACAUUGUCUCCAACCAAGAGUUCAGACCAUGGGAACUUAAUGACAAUGUGCCACGUCUCAAGUUUGACCUUGCUGCUUUGCCACCCCAAAUUCGUGCUGUGGACCUCCUUCAUAAGGCUGCAUACCGUCGUGGCCUUGGAAACUCUCUGUUCAUUGCUCCUAAGAGGAUUGGUCAAGUGUCUUCAGAGUCCAUGCAACACUUUGCAGGUCAGUGUUUGACCCCAAGCCGAUGUGCAGUGACCAUCAUUGGUGAUACUCAGGAGAAAGCUGCAUUAAUAGCACAAAACCUGCAACUGCCAUCUGGUGGUGACGGCAAGGCUGAAGCUUCAACUUAUUACAGUGGAGAGUUGAGGAAGGAAAUGGGUGGUGACUUGGCGCAUGUGGCUCUUGCUGUCCAAGGUGCACCAGCUGGCUCCCCACAAAGUCUCGCUUUGUCCAUAGCAGCUAAAGCUUUGGGCAAUGGACCUGUCACUAAGUGGGGUGCUGAUAACUCCCCUCUGUCCAAGGCCAUUGGCAAUAUUGGCCCAUUUGCAGCUGCUGGGUUCAAUGUGUCAUAUUCCGAUAAUGGUCUUUUUGGCGUUAUUCUUUCUGUACCGAAAGAUGAAGCUAAUGCCGCUGUUAAAAGCGUUGCCAAGCUAUUGAAGGGUGGCUUGAGCGCAGACUCUAUUAAAGCUGGCAAAGCGCAACUUAAACUUCAAGUCUUGAAUGAAGCGGAGUCAUUUUCCUCGUACGCCGAGUCAUUGGCAGCACAGGGACUCUACACGGGCUCUGUCAAAUCGCCUGCUGAUAUCGCCAGAGAUAUUGACCAGAUUUCAAACAAUGAUGUCGUUCAGGCUGUUUCAAACGCUGCCAAAAACAAGAUUUCAAUGGGAUCUGCUGGAAACCUUGCAUUUGUUCCAUAUGUAGAUGAACUUUAAAUGUUAAAUUAUCAUCUUUUAACUUAAUUGUGUACUUGUAAUAAACCCCAUAGUGAAUGUAACAAGACCCAUUUAAUUUUCUGUAUAGUAUGUGCAAUUGCAAGUUAAUAAUUUAUUAUAACUGAAAUAAAACAUUUAUUUCUAUUGUUA